GUUUCAGCCGCCAUGAAGGGCUUCACUCUCCUCUCUCUGGUCUUGCCGGUCCUGACUGUCCAAGCAAUCAGCCCGCCCCGCGGCACUGGCUUCCCCAAGACCAACGGCACCCGUCUCCUCGCAUUCAACGAGACUGUGCCAAGCACCCGGAACUCCCCCCGGUCCGUAUCUCUCGCCUGGGUGGAUAGCGAGUCCGAUGGGAGCUACAUAUUCUCUGGUAGCGAUGGUGCACUUAUUAUUUCGAAUGCGGUGACCGGGGAAAACUCAACCUUUGUGUCUGCGGACCAAGUACCGGCCGAUAGCUACGACUACUGGAUCAGCACUGACUCGAGCAGGGUCCUCUGGGCCACAAACUACACAAAGCAGUACCGUCAUUCAUACUUCGCCGACUAUUCCAUCCUCGAUGUCGCGAGUGGCGCUCUGACUCCGCUUGUCGAGGACCAGGUUGGCGAUAUUCAGUACGCCGAGUGGAGCCCAACUGGUGAUAGGGUCGCUUUUGUCCGUGGGAACGAUCUCUACAUCUGGGCAGACGGCGAGGUCACGAGGAUAACCAACGAUGGAGACCCCGACACGUUCAACGCCGUGCCGGACUGGGUGUACGAAGAGGAGAUCCUGGGAGACCGAUACUCCCUCUGGUGGAGCCCUGACGGAACCAAAAUUGCGUUCCUGAGCUUCAACGAGACCGGUGUUGGCACUUUCACAGUCCCCUACUAUGCCGCAAACACCGAAUACGGUCCCUCCUACCCACGGGAGCUCGAAAUCCGUUACCCCAAGGUUGGCACCAAGAACCCAACGGUCUCGUUCAACUUGUUGGAUGUCGACUCUUCGACAGUCACGAACGUCCCAAUCGACGCGUUCGACGCUGACGAUCUUAUCAUUGGCGAGGUCGCCUGGGUCACCGAGGACAGCUCCAAUGUCCUCUUCCGUGCUUAUAACCGCGUCCAGGACGCGGAGAAAGUAGUCAACGUGAACGCCGGGGAUGCAACCAGCUCUGUGGUGCGAGAGCGCACCGAGACUACGGGCUGGCUUGAUAACAACCUUGCCAUCCAGUACAUCGGAGCCUUGGGUGGGAAUAGUAGCACCAACGGCACGGUCCCUACCGACGCCAGCUACUACCUCGACCUCUCUGACGAGUCCGGCUGGGCUCACAUCUACCUCUUCCCCGUCAGUGGAGGAUCCCCGGUCGCACUCACAUCGGGUGAAUGGGAGGUCCGGUCCAUCCUCAAGAUCGACAGCGCCCGUGGCCUCGUGUACUACACUUCUACCGAGCGGCACUCAACUGAGUCGCACCUUUACGUAGUGAACUACCGCACCGGCGCUAAGCGAGCGCUCGUGGAUGAUACCAUCCCCGGCUACUGGUCUGCCUCCUUCUCCACGGGAGGCUCGUACUACCAGCUCUCCUACCAGGGGCCCGACGUUCCCUAUCAGGAGCUUUACAGCAUCAACAGCACCACACCCCUGCGCACGCUUGAGGACAACGCGGCCUUCAUCGCCCGCAUCAACGAGUACCGCCUGCCGUCGAUCACAUGGCUCGAGCUCGACCACCCGGAUGGCAGCAAGUUGAACGUCCUGCAGCGCCUGCCGGCCAACUACGACCCAGCCAAGAAGUACCCGGUGCUCUUCAACCCCUACGGCGGCCCCGGAGCGCAGAAUGUCAACAAGGCGUGGAAAUCCCUCAACUGGAACGCAUACGUGUCCUCUGACCCCGAACUUGAGUACAUCCAGUGGGUGGUCGACAACCGUGGCACAGGGUACAAGGGCCGCGCGUUCAGGGCGCAGGUGACUGGACACCUGGGCGACCUCGAGGCGCAGGACCAGGUGUGGGCGGCGCAGCAGAUCGUGCAGCAGCUCCCCUCGGCCGACGCGGACCACAUCGCCCACUGGGGGUGGUCAUACGGCGGGUACCUGACGUCCAAGGUUGUCGAGCUCGACAGCGGGGUGUUCUCGCUGGGGCUGAUCACGGCGCCGGUCACGGACUGGCGGUUCUACGAUUCCAUGUACACGGAGCGGUACAUGAAGACGCCUGAGCUCAACGCGGCUGGAUACAAUGCCUCUGCGGUGCGCAAGACGGAGGGCUUCAAGAACAUCGUUGGGGGUUUCCAAAUCACCCAUGGCGUUGGCGACGACAAUGUGCACUUCCAGAAUACUGCUGUUCUGACCAACUACCUGAUGGGCCAGGGUGUCAGCCCAGAGAAGUUCGACUCUGUGUUCUUCAGCGACUCGGAUCACAACAUCAGAUACAAUGGUGACGGGGUGUUCUUGUACAAGACACUAACUAAGAGGCUCUGGGAGGAGAAGAAUCGGGCUCCAGGUCAGACUUCAGAGAGUCACCAAUGGAGCAGAAGGAAGGAGACGAUGUCGGGAAACUUUUUCGACGUGUAA